AUGGCCGCCACUUCCAACGUUUCAUCAUCUAUGAAGCAUGUUGCCGUUACCUAUCCAGUCCUCCUCGUCUCCCUCGUCUCGGUUCUGUUAGUGCUCUCACUAGUCUUCAACAAAUUCAAACGAGGGCUCAGAAACAUCCCGGGACCCCCUUUGGCUGCAUAUACCGGGCUCUGGCGCUUGUGUGAUGUCGCUAAAGGUCAAUCCCAUGCCACAGCCAGCCAGAUCCACGGAAAGUACGGUCCCGUGGUGCGAAUCGGUCCCAACCAUGUCUCAAUCGGUAACCCUGCAAUGAUACCAAUCAUUUAUGGUAUCAAGGAGAGCUUCACAAAAACUGCCUUCUAUCCAAUUCAGUCCAUGUCAUGGAAAAAGAGGCCAGUGCUGAACCUUUUCUCCACCCGCGAUCCAGAGUAUAACCGCAUUGAGAAGCGCAAGGUUGGUGCUGCCUAUAGCUUUCCCAGCCUACUGCAAUCCGAGGCAGCUAUCGACUCCUGUAUUGACUUUUUCAUGGACCGUCUCGGUGACUUCGCUUCGAGAGGCGAGUCUGUCGAUCUGGGUGACUGGCUGGAGUAUUUUGCCUUUGACAUCGUCGGAGAGUUGACCUUUGCCAGCAAGAUGGGAUUCAUGGAACAAGGCAAGGAUCUUGAUGCCAUGAUGGAAGGAAAUAAAGGCUUUCUCGCAUAUGCAGCCGUCUCUGGCCAAAUUCCAGCAAUACACAAAGCCCUUCUGGGCAAUCCGCUGCUAGCCAGGCUCAUGCCUUCAAUGGAGACUUGGAAUCCGGUCCUCCUUUUCACACUCAAGGUCAUCAACGGACGAGCUGCCGCUAAACGAGGAGGUCAGCAAACUAAGGCCCCCGUUGAAGCUCAUGACAUGCUCAGCCGCUGGGAGAAGGUCAAAUCGAUUGAUCCUCUGGAAAUGACUUUGAGGGACAUGGUCCUCCAUGUGAGCACGAACAUAUUCGCCGGUGUUGAUACAACCUCCAUCGCUCUCCGUGCUAUUGUCUACUAUCUCUCUCGGCAUCCCAAGUGUAUGGAUCGACUGGUCACUGAGAUCGAUACCGCAGAUAAAGCAGGGGAGCUCAGCCAUCCCAUAAAAUAUAAAGAGGCUACGACGGUUCUCCCCUACUUGGGCGCCGUCAUCAAGGAAGCUAUGCGUCUCCAUCCCUCGGUCGGCAUGCUUCUAGAACGCCACGUCCCUGCCGAGGGCCUGUCUAUAGAGGGCUACGAAAUUCCUGCAGGCACGAUCGUGGGAAUCAAUCCUUGGGUCACGAAUCGCUCACCAGCGUUUGGCACAGACCCGGAUCGGUUCAAUCCGGAUCGGUGGCUGACUGCAGAUGAGGAACAAUUGAAACAUAUGGACAAUCUCUGGGAGUUUACCUUUGGGUCUGGGAGCCGCAAAUGCCUUGGCCGCAACAUGGCCAUGAUCGAAAUCCACAAGGUCAUUCCAGAGCUGCUGAGACAAUACCAUGUCGAACUCACACACCCAGAGCAGGACUGGUCUGUGUCUAACUACUGGUUUACGUUCCAGAAGGGGUUGAUCUGCAACCUGGAGCGCAGGUGA